AGCAUCCAACAGAGCGUACGAACAAUUUUCAGUAUAGGAGAAGUGACACAAGACUAACGAUGUUUCGUAUGAUUCUACUGGCAGUUUUUCUGCAAAUGAGUGAAUGCAUUUUAACACCAGAUGGACUAAUGCAACCUCCAGCCCCAGGUCAACUGCAGGGAAAUACCUCGACAUCAAAAGAGGAAAUUUCGGCCUUUCAAGCUAUCGAACAGGCCAACAAUGCUGUUGGAAACUUACGAAUGACGGACAGGAGCGGGCUUUUCUUGCACGAGGGAGAUAUCGAACUAACAGGCUGGCAACGGAAAAUUCUCAAGAAGCAGAACUCAGGAGGACGACAGAAGCGCGGUGCUAUGAGAAGUCUCGCUCGGCGGUGGAUGGAUUCAAACGGGCGUCCUUUGAUUCCCUACUACAUCGAGGGCAGUGUGGCCCAUGCUCGCCGUGUUAUAGAUGCUGCCAUCAGACAAUGGAUGAGUAAAGUUCCUUGCCUGAGGUUCGUUCGAAAAACAACUCAUCGUAACUACAUCAGCUUCUUUUCUGGAGGAGGCUGCUAUUCCAUGGUGGGACGAGUUGGAGGAGGACAAAAGAUUUCUAUUGGACGUGGCUGUGAUCACAUUGGCGUGGUCGUUCAUGAAAUUGGACAUGCUCUCGGGUUCUGGCACGAGCAAUCCCGUCCCGAUAGGGAUCGUUACAUCAACAUUCACUGGAAUAACAUCCCAAGCGGAUUCCACUCCCAAUUCAGGAAGAUGUCGACAAGUGCCAUUAACUCACGUGGAGUCUCGUAUGAUUACGACAGUGUGAUGCAUUACCACUCUACCGCGUUUGGUAAUGGACGUAUAACUAUCACACGCAAAGAUGGCAGCACCAAGCUGGGAAACACUCGAGGAUUGAGCGCCAAGGAUGUUCAACAAGCGAACCUGAUGUACUGUAACGGACAACCAGUAACUGCAAGACCACCCACAGGCUGUCGAUACAAAGAUAAUAACCGCAACUGUCCAUCUUGGAAGGCCAGGGGUUACUGCACACACACAUAUCAGGAGUAUAUGAGACGAAACUGCCAAAAGAGUUGCUUCUGCGGAACAAACACCAACUGCGCUGACCUUCAUCAAAGCUGCCCAAAUUGGAGAAGAAGAGGUUUCUGUCGUCGAAACUCACAGUACUACACCUACAUGUCAACUAAUUGUAAAAAAUCCUGUGGCUUAUGCUAAGAGCGCUUAGUUUUCAGUGCAAGAGUUGUAUUAUAAACUAGUAUUUUUUUAAAGGAAAAAUGUAAAACCGCUCUAAGCAUUUUUUUAAUCCAAUCUUAAGUUUUUAGGUCCAUUAAUAAAAUGUGUAUUCUUUAAUAAA